AUGAAACACUGUGCGGUAUAUGUCAGCGGUGUCGAUAAACAAAUAUGGUUACUGUGAAAUAGUUUGUUUACCUAUUGCGGUCAUAAUUUAAUAAAAAAAUAUAAAUUAGAACUAAAAUCCUAAUAUAUGUGCGUGCAACAAAAUGACUGCAGAAACCAUUGAACCUGUCGACUCGGGCAUUAGUAAUGAGUACUCCACGGAUGCAGCCACCCACAGUACAUUCACAAAUGCCGCUGCUGAAACUCGUUCGCAUGAACAACAGGGAGAAAUAGAAGAUAUUUUCACUUUUCUUAGCUUAAAUAAGCAGAUUGUAUUCAAAUCGCAACAAAUAGAUGACCCAGAAUUGAGACAGGAUGAAAAAGUCGAAAUCGCGCGGGAUAUUUACGUGAAAAGUCCACAAACGUUUUUAAUGCGUUUUGGAAGUUAUUUGAAGGAGCACCAUCUCACAUCAUUUGCACAAAUAGCCAUCACAAAUGAAGAGCACAGUGAUGAAAUGGAGUUACUACUUGCAGACUAUCGUAACAAGUUGCACACACGAAAACGUGAUGUGAAAAAUCGACGUUAUGCGGCUAUGCAACAACUGAUUGCGGAUGGUGAGUAUUUCAGUGAACAGGAAAUGAUGAAACGAGCGCCUGAAUUGUAUCAGGAGUUGGUAGGACAAUAUUUGAGUGAGGCGGAAAAGAAGCGAAGAGACGGGUACGAUGUUAAAAAUACUACCUUCUCCGGCAUAUUAAUGCAUACGAUGGAACAAAAGCAACUUCAAGACGUGCUAAAGUUGGCGGAUAAACAAAAUGUGAAGAGUAUGCAACUUGCACGUGAACUUGAAGGAGAAGAUAGUGUCGAAGAUGAUACAACGCAAAGCACAAAGUGUAGUGCGGACGAAGAAGAAAUAGAGGAGAAAGAAAGAGCGCCAACGGAAGAUGAUGUUCCUGCUAGUUUCCGCCAACAAUGGGGCAAUUUCGAUAAUGAACAAGUCGCCUGCUCCGCCAGUCCUCAAACAGAAAUAAAAUCUAAACAAAAAACAAAGCAGAAACAAUUGGCAAGUUUGAUUAAGAAACAGAAUUGUGAUAACUUCAUAACAGCAGGUGAACGGGAACUACUGCGACAAGAAUUCAUUGGGAUUAUGCAUGAACAGUUUCUUAGUGGUGGAGAUGAGGACUUUGAUUACACACAGGUCGAUGACAACACGCAACUAGAUGAUUUGAGUCAAAUAAAUCAGGAUAAAGAAGAUGCAUAUUUUGAGGAGAGUGACAACUCGUUUGAAGAAGAGGGUAUAAUAAAAAGGGAAUCUGAGGAACAUAUCGAUGAUGAAGAGUCCGAGGACGAACUUGAUGUUUUUAUGAACCAUUUGAAUAGACAUCACAGCUUACAGCGCCAGUAGCUUUUAAAGUAAUAUUUACUACAAAACUAAUUAUUCAGACUUGUAAAUGCAAUCUUCAAUAAUAAUCUUGAAUAAAUUAACAUAAACCACACUGUACAA